CAAGUGUUAUGUUGCAAGCAGAAAAUGUAGCAAGUCGCACAAGUAAAGGAGUAAGCCUUAUUGAACAGAUUGCAACGUAAACAAAUUGCGAACAUGACGAAUGUGUACUCAUUUGAUGGUAUCCUGGUGUUCGGCCUGCUGUUCAUCUGCACGUGCGCAUACCUCAAGAAAGUGCCACGUCUAAAUACCUGGCUGCUCUCAGAGAAGAGAGGCGUGUGGGGAGUCUUCUACAAAGCUGCUGUGAUUGGGACGCGGCUUCACAUUGCUGUGGCGCUGUGCUGCCUGUCCAUGGCCUUCUACGUGCUCUUCAUUAAGUGACAUGGAGUGGGCAGCACUUUUGGACACUACUGAGAUCCUGGCUGGAUAUGCACAGUUCCCCAGGACCUACACCUCAGUGACCAUUUUAUUAGGUACACCUGUACACAUGCUCAUUGAUGCAUACAUCUAAUCAGGCAAUCAUCUGGCAGCAACUCAAUGCAUAAA